UCGAAAUCGAGUUGGUAUCGGUGCUCGGAAUUCCCAUCACUAGUAUUUCGUUUCGGGUACGCGGUUCUACGGUUCUACGGAUUAGCGCGAAUUCAACACCAUGGCGGCCCAGACUAUAUUGUUCGACUUUACGCUCGACAAGGACAAGACCGCCGAUGAGGAGGCGCGCCAGCAGGUGGCCAAGAUCCUGCGGAACGAGCUGGAGCACCUGUUUCCCCAGCUGGAGCUGGCCUACUCGAUGGAAUCGCCGGAGAAUGGCUACUUUGCGGUUUUGCACGAGAACAAGGACACGGUGGUCACCUGCCGGAUCUUCCAGCACGGUCUGCUAACGCUCAACGUGGAGUACUUCCUGCCCGACGGCAAGGAGCCCCUCAUAUCCUUUGACGAACUCCUGCAGACGGGUAGGACCCUGGAGAGUGGCCUGGCAAUCAAAUUGAAGGCCAAAAAGGCCCAGAAGCUGCCGACGCUGAAGCGCGGCGAUGUCUCCAGGUACUUCCCAGCGUCAGAUGAGCGCAUCAUCGAGUACGACAUCGACAAGGUUGUGUACGAGGGGCGUUCGCCCUUCCAGAAGAUUCAAAUCAUGCACUCGAAGACGCUGGGCAACAUGCUGCUGCUGGACGAGCUGCAGAAUAUUGCUGAAUCCGACUUGAUCUACACGGAGACCCUAAUGUGUCGCGGCGUGGAGAACUACGAGGGCAAGGAGAUCUGCAUCCUGGGCGGCGGCGAUGGCGCCCUGCUGUACGAGCUGCUCAAGGAGAAUCCCAAGCACGUUGUGAUGCUGGAGAUCGAUGAGCUGGUAAUGCAGACUUGCAACAAAUACCUCAGCGUGAUCUGUGGCGAUGUGCUGGAGAAGCGCAAGACGGACCAGUACGAGAUAGUUGUGGGCGACUGUGUGGAGUACUUGAAGAAGUUCAUCGCCGAGGGCCGGAAGUUUGACUACGUUUUUGGGGAUCUCACAGAUAUACCCAUAACCGAUGUGCCGGAGGGCGAGACCUGGGACUUUAUCCGCACCAUCUUCGAGCACUCCUUCAAAGUGCUGAAGCCCGAUGGAAAGUAUUUAACCCACGGCAAUGGGUCAACCUGCAAGGUGCAGCUGCGUCUCUUUGAGGAGCAGUUGAAUCUGCUGCGUCCCAAGGUGAAGUUCACCACCACCAAGGCGUUUGUGCCCUCGUUCAUGGAAGAGUGGCUCUUCUACCAAGUGACCUUCGCCUGACAAGCUCAGGGGGAUUCCUCAGCAGCAGCAGCAGUAGCUACUUCUGGCGCACCACCAAUCGCCAGUCACACACCAGAAUCACACAGCAUAAGUCAGGAAUCACGAACCGUCGGAGAGAUGCUCCAGCUGCACUCCUACACAGUCACUCUCCAUGGAGCAGCAGCAGCAGGAGUUGAGGAGCAGGAGGAUAAAACUAAUGGGAAUGUGGGACAAUUGAAACCACGACCCAGACGUCGAAAGAAGCGUGUGCACUAUCAUCACACACUGGUUUCUUAGUCCAUCAAACGUAAAAUCGAAAGCACAAGCUAAUCGCCAUCAACGAAACCAUCGCAACAAGACCCAAACAAAAGAAAACACGCACUUCCAAUGGCUGUUACUUACAAUUGAAAACCAAACCAAAUACUUAACCCAAUUCGUUUACGCUUAAGUUAGGCUUUAGUUCCGUUUCUCGUCCAUUGAUUUCAAAGCUAAAAUUAAGUCAAAAGUACAACCUUUAAGCAAGGACAGGCUAAAUAACUUAUGUAUUCGUGUUUAUUUGAAUUACGCCUAAGCAUAGCAUGUUGGCCAACUAUUUGUAAUAUUUCGUAUAACGUGUAAAUCUAUAUAUGUAGAGCAUAUGUUUAGUUAUCCAUUAAAGAGCAAAUUGAAGCGGGGA